AUGUUUAGCUUAGAAAAAGAUGAAAAAGAUAAAUCAGGGGAAAUAGAAAAGAGUAAAGAAGCAACUGCUGUGGCAGGUUUACUAUCCCUGGAAAAAGAGACAGAUGGGCCAAACAAAACAAAUUCGGUCCAUGGAAUAGCCACAGGCACAAUCAUAGUAAAAGAAAAAGAUGAUUCUGAUGUGAUUAUUGAAAAUGAAUCAGCUGAAUUUUCAGAUAAAAAGGGAUCUAGAAGCAACAAUGCUCAAAACAAAAAUAGCGACUACAGUGAGCUGUUUUCUGGGAAACCUGUUCAGAAUGACUCCAGCAACUACUACAAUAAAGAUGGCUUCAAUGUCAAGGAAGUGUACAAGAAGGGCUUAAGUGCAUUUGUUGCUAAAAAUAAUUUGGCCAACUUAUCAAGUGGACCAUUUGGGAUAUUCAAGUCAAAAAUAAAAUGCAGUAACACACUGCUUGGAGUAGUAAGGGAGAAGACACUCUUCAUGUACUUCUUAUAUCGCAAUUUGAGGUGCACGAAGGAGUACGAAGAGUUGUACAGGGCGUAUGUGCCUAGACCAGAAAACAAAAGCAUAGAAAGCUAUAAAAUAGGUGAAAUGUAUUUAGUAGGAAACAGAACAGGAAAUAGGGUGAGAAAUAGAGCAGUUUCAUUACCAAAAUAUAGAGACAAUCAUUUUGCAUGUGAGAGUGAUGAAAACUGUAAGAACAUGAAGAUCACGGAAAAGAAGGGUGUUACAAGGGGCAGAAAGAGCUGUGCUACCACCAAAAACAGAGCUAUCAAAACGAACAAGCACUAUAAUCCACCAAUAGACAACCAGGAUAUUAGAAAGUACAAGGGGUGGAUUGCAGAGAAUGUGCCAAAAAUAAGAACAAUUUCAGAGAAGGAACCUGAAUACAGAAAUGUGCCUUAUUUGGUUUGGAUUGAUUCUAUGGUGAACCAUUUUAUCAAGCGAUUCUACAAAUCAAUGGAUUUGGAGGAUGACGAGAUUGAAAUUGAAAGAACAGUCUUCCAGCUGGCAUUGCGACUGGGUACUGAAUGGGGGAUGAUGGGGAUGAAUCAGAAACAAGAGUGGCUGAAAAAGGCCAAGAAGGAUGUGAGGAAGUGGAUGGAUGAGCAGAAGACAGCAAAAGAAAAUAAUUCAGAAAAUGAAGAGAGUGAGAAAUAA